AUGCUUCAGCUCGGUAUCGUCAGACCGUCCAACAGCCCAUGGGCGUCGCCUCUGCACAUGGUCCCGAGGAAGGUCAUGGGGGACUGGCAUUCUUACGACGACUAUCGAACCUUGAAUACGGUCACCACGCCUAAUCGCUAUCCGAUCCCACACCUAGUGGAUCUCACCGUCACUCUGGCGGGUAAAAAUAUCUUCAGCGCAUACAACGAAAUUCCGGUAGCUGAAGCGGGCAUAGCUAAAACUGCCGUGACAACACCCUUUGGUUUGUUCGAAUUCAUGCGCAUGCCAUCUGGUCUAAAUAACGCCGCGCAAACUUUUCAGCGCUACAUCGAGCAAGUUUGUGUCUGGUUAGACUUCGUUUGCGCUUAUGUGGAUGACAUGCUAAUGCCGGACACUUCACGAGUAGAAAACUUGCGCCACUUUUCCCACUUCUUAUCCUCUAACUUAACACGGUAUGACGAUCAACGCAGAAUAGCUUUC